CUCCAAGGAAGACUGCAGGCUGACUCGACUUGAAACUCACCGGCAAUCUUGCGAGUAAAGAUGAAUUCUGAAGAAUGUCCCACAACAGAGACCAGUUCUUUGCAUCAGGAGAAAGGGAAAAAGAAUAAUUCCACCAGUCUCCAUUUUGAAACACAACACGAAGGGUCUCUUCAAGUUCCUAUCCCAUGUGCUGUCCUGAUUGUGGUCUUCAAUACCGUGUUAGUCAUUGCUCUCAUUGCCUUAGUAGUGGGCAAGUACAACUGUCCGAGCUGGUAUGAGCUCUCCCUGCCUUCAAACAGCCAUGUGUCUCCAUGCCCAGAUGCAUGGGUUCUGUACCGCAGGAAGUGCUACUUCUUUUCCACAACAGCAAAGAGCUGGACCUCAGCUGAGAGCUCUUGUUCUGAAGAUGGUGCUACUCUUGCUGUCAUUGAUUCUGAAAAGGACCUGAUCUUUCUGAAACGAUAUGCGGGUUCAGCUGAACACUGGAUUGGGCUGAAAAAUGGAACUGGUCAGAUCUGGAAAUGGUCAAAUGGCAAAGAAUUUAACCACUGGUUCAACCUCACGGGGUUUGAGAGUUGUGCAUCGCUGAGCAGCACAGAGGUCGGCAGUGCAGAAUGUGGGCAGGGUUUGCCCUGGAUCUGCAGCAGAGCCUCCAGAUGACGGAAGCAUUUCCGAAGCCCAUGGUACCACCAAACUAAAGGGAGGUCCUAUGCCGGAUGCUGCUCUGUGGUCAUGAAUCUCUGUCAAGACUUGAUGAGCAAGUUUCGUGUUACUUUGGAAAUUGUCUUCCAGUUAGAACUGUGGGACAGAAGGAAGAGAAAUUCCAGGAAAAUCUGCUUUGUGAUUUCUUUCUGCCAUGAGCUGAAAAUAUCACAAGUUGAUGGAUAACCAUGUCCAAGAAUGACUAUAAAGUCUUUUGGAUGCACUUUAUAUUUUUAAAAAGUACAUACAUAAUAAAAUAACUAGGUUUAAAGUUAUUAUUUAUUGUUGAAUGACUACCAAAAAACAGAGAAUGUGUAUCAAGCAUUUGCACUAUGUGAAGAAGUUAAACAGUGGUAGCAAAAAGUGAAUGUAAAUAAAUGGAAUUUUGACUAGUAACACAGAUAUUCAUUUUAAAGGAAAUCCUUAAGUUUCAGAAAACAUUCAUAAAUGGACAAAUGCUGUGGAACUAAGUUUUGUAAUAUUUCCUCUAUUUGCAGAAAUUUGCCAUGUUACUCUGUCAUUUUUCCCUCAAAAGAAUAGUGUUGACCUUUUACUUUUUUAACUUCCUUAAUUCCAGACAGGUCUUUUUCAAUGGUACAUAUUUCUUUGCCUUUAAUAUCUUCCAUUAAUGUUUUUCAAAGAAGAGACAAAAGCAGAGACUAUGACAAAUAUUUGUAAAACAGAUAAAAAGUAUUGGAAAAUGUGCAAUAUGUGGCGGGAGAAACCUCUAUCAGGAAAUAUUCUACAUUGUUCAACUCUGGAAUAAUACCAGUCUUAUCUGAUAAGAAGUUUGUAUCUGUCCUAGUCAGCUUUGUCCUGUGCGAUAAUUCAUGUGAAGUAUUUUCAAUGUGCAAUAAAGUGUUUGUUUGUGUUCA